UUUGUUUCCUUCUUCCUCUUCUUUACCCUUCUCUCUCUCUCUCCCUCCGAAUCUCUCCUUCAAACCCUAACCCCAAAACAUAACCAGUCUCUCACAUCUCUACAUCUAUAGCCCUAAUUCGGACUGUCUUUAACCCUAAUUCAAUCGUAGGCAGAGAGAUCCAUGGCCGCUCAGACGGUUGUAAACAAUCUCUACGAAACGGCUUCACAACCUGAUACGGGUGGCGACGCUUACACCUUCCUCGAGUUCAACACCCAAGGCGAUGAUUACGAUUAUCCUGAAUUCCAUGAGCUUUCGCAGCCGAUCAGGUCUUCGGUUUGGCCUUCUGCGUCUGAUUCGGUUGCUGACCCUUCUGAUCGUGGUGCCGAUCUCCAAGCCGAGAGUGGUGGCACUGUCUCUGUUGCUUCUGGUAGUGCUUCCAAGGGUAAAGGUGGUGGUGGUAGCAGUAGCGGCGGAAGUAGUAACCAGGCUGCGGUGGAUGCCCUAGCGGCGGGAAUGAGUGGUCUGAACUUUGAGGAAACAGGUGAUGAUGAGAAUUAUGAGUAUGGGAAGGGUGAUUUCACGGAGCAUGCUUGUCGAUACUGUGGGGUUCAGAACCCGGCUUGUGUUGUGCGUUGCAAUGUUCCUUCUUGUCGUAAGUGGUUUUGUAACUCGCGGGGCAACACUUCGGGGUCUCAUAUCGUCAAUCACCUGGUUCGAGCAAAGCACAAGGAAGUCUGCCUUCAUAAAGACAGUCCUCUUGGAGAAACCAUCCUUGAGUGCUAUAACUGUGGAUGCCGAAAUGUUUUCCUCCUUGGAUUUAUUUCAGCCAAGACAGAGAGUGUCGUUGUUCUUCUCUGUAGGGAACCCUGUCUCAGUGUCAAUGCAUUGAAGGACAUGAACUGGGACUUGAGUCAGUGGUGUCCUCUCAUCGAUGAUCGUUGUUUCUUGCAGUGGCUUGUUAAGAUUCCAUCCGAACAAGAACAGUUGAGGGCACGCCAAAUUAGUGCUCAACAGAUAAACAAAGUGGAAGAACUUUGGAAAACAAACCCUGAUGCCACUCUUGAAGAUCUUGAGAAGCCUGGUGUGGAUGAUGAACCUCAGCCUGUUGCCUUAAAGUAUGAGGAUGCUUAUCAGUAUCAAAAUGUGUUUGCACCACUCAUCAAGCUGGAAGCCGAUUAUGAUAAAAUGAUGAAAGAAUCGCAAAGCAAAGACAAUGUCACAAUACGAUGGGAUAUUGGGCUUAACAAGAAACGCAUUGCAUACUUUGUCUUCCCAAAGGAAGAUAAUGAGUCAAGGCUUGUACCUGGUGAUGAGUUGCGACUUCGUUAUCCAGGGGAUGCGACUCAUCCAGCAUGGCAGUCAGUGGGGCAUGUGAUCAAGUUAACUGCACAAGAAGAAGUUGCUCUUGAGCUCCGUGCCAGUCAGGGUGUACCUGUUGAUGUGAACCACAGUUUCAGUGUUGAUUUUGUUUGGAAGAGUACCAGCUUUGAUCGAAUGCAGGGAGCUAUGAAGACAUUUGCUGUGGAUGAAACAAGUGUCAGUGGAUACAUUUACCAUCACUUGUUGGGACAUGAAGUUGAGGCUCAGGUGGUUCGUAACACACUACCUCGUCGUUUUGGCGCUCCAGGACUUCCGGAACUUAAUGCAUCUCAAGUUUUUGCUGUAAAGAGUGUUCUUCAGAAGCCAGUAAGUUUAAUACAAGGGCCCCCUGGUACGGGCAAAACAGUAACUUCUGCUGCCAUUGUUUAUCAUAUGGCAAAACAAGGCCAAGGCCAGGUCUUGGUUUGUGCUCCAAGUAACGUUGCUGUUGACCAACUAGCUGAGAAGAUAAGUGCAACUGGGCUAAAGGUAGUCAGGCUUUGUGCUAAAUCAAGGGAAGCUGUAAGCUCUCCAGUUGAGCAUUUAACGCUGCACUAUCAGGUCCGGCAUCUUGAUACUUCUGAAAAAAGUGAACUUCAUAAAUUGCAGCAACUGAAAGAUGAACAAGGAGAACUAUCUAGCAGUGAUGAGAAGAAGUACAAAGCCUUGAAACGGGCAACUGAAAGGGAGAUAUCUCAGAGUGCUGAUGUCAUCUGUUGCACAUGUGUUGGUGCCGGAGAUCCUCGUUUGGCAAAUUUUAGAUUCCGUCAGGUUCUUAUUGAUGAAUCCACCCAAUCGACAGAACCUGAGUGUCUUAUUCCUCUGGUGCUUGGUGUAAAACAGGUGGUUCUUGUUGGGGACCAUUGCCAGCUUGGUCCGGUCAUUAUGUGCAAGAAAGCAGCUCGUGCUGGGCUAGCGCAAUCUCUGUUUGAGCGCCUGGUGCUCCUUGGUGUGAAGCCUUUCAGACUGCAGGUCCAAUACCGUAUGCAUCCAGCCCUGUCAGAGUUCCCUUCUAACAGCUUCUAUGAAGGAACCCUUCAAAAUGGGGUUACGAUAAAUGAAAGACAAUCAUCGGGAAUUGACUUUCCUUGGCCUGUGCCAAAUCGCCCCAUGUUCUUUUAUGUUCAGAUGGGACAAGAGGAGAUCAGUGCUAGUGGGACUUCUUACUUGAAUAGAACAGAGGCUGCAAACGUUGAAAAAAUUGUAACCACCUUUUUAAGGAGUGGUGUCAUCCCUAGUCAGAUUGGAGUAAUAACACCAUAUGAAGGGCAGCGAGCAUACAUUGUGAACUACAUGUCAAGAAAUGGUGCUCUUAGGCAGCAACUCUAUAAGGAAAUUGAGGUUGCAAGUGUGGAUUCCUUCCAGGGAAGGGAGAAAGACUACAUUAUUUUGUCUUGUGUAAGGAGUAACGAGCAUCAGGGCAUCGGAUUCCUUAAUGAUCCGCGGAGGCUGAAUGUGGCACUUACACGAGCUCGUUAUGGCAUUGUUAUCUUGGGGAAUCCUAAAGUCUUAAGCAAACAACCAUUGUGGAAUAGUUUAUUGACACACUAUAAGGAACAUGAAUGCUUGGUGGAAGGACCUUUGAAUAACUUGAAGCAGAGUAUGGUUCAGUUUCAAAAGCCAAAGAAGAUCUACAAUGACCGAAGGCUUUUCUUCGGCGGUGGCCCAGGGAUUGUUCCUAAUGACAAUUUUGGGUCGGUUGGGUCGCCAAACCCAAAUGCUGAUAGAAGAGGCAGUCGCUCUAAAGGUUCGUAUAUGCCUUUUGGUCCUCCGAAUGGGACACAUAAACCUGGAGUGCAUCCCACAGGGUUUCCUGUACCUAGAAUUCCACUUCCACCAUUUCCUGGUGGUCCCCAUUCUCAGCCAUAUGCAAUUCCAACUCGUGGAGCUGUUCAUGGACCAAUUGGAGCUGUUCCUCAGGUCCCUCAAGCUGGAAGCAGGGGUUUUGGUGCUGGGCGUGGUAAUGCAGGUGGUCCUAUAGGCGGUCAUCUCUCGCAUCAGCAAGGUUCCCAGCAAAGCAUGGGGAAUAUUGGAUCUACUUUCAACUUUCCUGCUCUGGACAAUCCAAACAGUCAGCCGUCUGCGGGUGGUAAUUUAUCACAAACUGGGCUAAUGACUCAGAUGCCAGUUCAAGGGUUGAGUCAGACUUUCCGUGAUGGGUUUUCCAUUGGGGGCAUGUCUCAGGAUUUCUUGGGCGAUGAUUUCAAAAGUCAGGGAUCUCAUGUUGCAUAUAAUGUUGCGGACUUCUCCACACAGGCUUCUCAGAGUGGCUAUGGCGUUGAUUAUGUUACACAAGGAGCACAAGCUAGGUUCCCAGGAAGUUUCUUGAACCAGAAUUCGCAGGCUGGAUAUUCUCAUUUGGGUACAGGAAAUGAUUUAAUUUCUCAGGAUUAUAUGCCUCAUGGAUCACAAGGCCUAUUCACACAGGUUGGGUUUAAUGACCCAACCCAAGAAGAUGCUUCCCAGAGCCACUUUGGUGUGGCAGGUCCCAAUCCACUCCAGUCACAGGGCUUGAUGAAUCCUCUCUAUUCCCAACCCUUCACCCAGUACAACACUCAGCCACUAAACCUGCAAGGUCCACAACAACAGCAACAGCCACAGCAGCAGCAGGGCGGCCAGAGCUCGCAAAACCAGAAACUCCACUACAAUGGCUGAGCAGCCAUUGGGCCUGAAUAUGUUGGGUUAUAUUCUUUGCAUCCAGCAAUUUGGUUGUGCUGACAUGUGUGCCAUUUAUCUGCAUUCCUGCAGAAGAGAUCUCCAUUUUCUAGAAGUCAUUUCCCAUUGCACUUCUAGUUGGUUCAGAUUGAAUGGCAUUGGGAAGUUCAAGCUGACAAAUGGUUACGGUUCUCUGUGCUACAUGAGCAGCAUGGCUAGGCUGAGGUAAGGAUAACCCCAGUUCCUGCUUGAAGUUUUGUAUUGUUCUGGAAGAAGCAACCAUUGGGAGGGAGCAUUGCAAGGCAUGGAGAAAUGGAGGGCUUUGGUCGGAUUCGGUUCCUCAUGCAUGUAAAAGACAGCAGGCACCCGCUGGCAUUGUUAAAUAUAUAAAACAUAUAUAAUACAUACACCGGGAAAUUUUGGUGGACCUCUCAGAGGAAGCAGAGCUAUUUGUUUGCCUCUUGAGAGCAUCCACUUGAUUGAAUUACGGGUACAGCUCGACUGCAAGUCUUGUACAGCCACCAGGGGAAGGUUGGUCCCGCCCUGAAGCUCAGACAUAUUUAUGAGACUAUUUUUUAUAAAAGAAUAUAUACUUCCAGUUGUAAUCUUUGUUGAGAUAACGUUGUUCUGUGUUUCAUCCUAUUAUUUGCUGUCUUUGAAACUGGAACUCCGUUUGAAUAUAAUGGAGGAAAUGGUCCAUUUCUGCCCUUGUA